UAUGUCAGAAUGACGCCACACACUGCUAUUAGCUGCUCUCCUCUCCCUCCCUCCCUCUGCAGAAAAUUGGGUGGGUUUUGGGUGGGAUGGGAUGAGGGGUGGAGCCCAAUAGGCAGAAUUCCUCCUCACUGGCCUGUGCAGCCAUGCUGCGUAGCUGAGGUCUGGAUCACAUUUAAACCACAUGUUCUCACUGCAUCAGAUGAGCUGUGAACCUGGUGUGGAAAUACUGUGACAGCCAAGCCAAGGCAGGGACAGAUGGAACAGAACUCCAGGCAGACAGACUGACAGACACCAGCACCUUCCAGAACGCAGUGUCUGAGGAACGGAAACUUAAGUUGUGGUUUAGCGCUCGUAAUCAAACAGGCUGUUUAACGCAGAGGCUGACUGACCCACCCUGGAUACUGAGACCCGAAGAGGUCUGGACUCACUGGAUGAAGAGAAGAGAGGCAACAGAGGGUGUUUUCUUCGUUGACACUCAGCACCUGCAUAGCUUGCUCGUUGGGGUUGAGGGCUGGGUGUCUGUGUAGCAUUUGGCGACAACUGCUGAUGACUUUGAGGGUUGGCCUGAUAGUGGAUGUCCCAGCUCGUAGUUUGACGAACAGUCCCAAGUCCACGAAGGAAGUCCAAGUCCUGGAGGUCCAUUAGGAGCCCGGUCUCUCGCGACUGAUUGGAGGUGCGUGUGCUCCCUGGCCGUGCGUGCAGUUUGGUCUUUUGGCUCCCGGCCCCGCGUCGAGCCCGUCUGAGUCAAGAGAGGAAGAGGAGAGAGAGACGGAGGUGCUCGAAGGAACCUAUUCGCCGGUCUGUUUUCUCCGGUGGUGUCGGUGACCAGCGGCACGGUAACCCUAACAGCAGGGUCUGUGUGGUCCAGUGUUGGAUUGUCCCGCCUCCGUAACUGCCAUCUCUGCCACAGAGGAUUACCCAACGCAGGGGAAGGACUCUGAAGAGAGCUGGGGUUUCAACGUUUGAAGCAGGAUGUGGUGUACGCUUGUUGUCAGUGCUGAGGCGUUGCUGGUGUUGCUGAUGUGGAACCUGGGAACAUCGGAAGAGGUUCAGGAGGACCCCAACACGCUCCGGCGGAUCAACCAGGAGAAGUGGGUGAGGGACAUGCGUUCGGCCGCCAGCCUGGAUGAACUCCUCAAGUUGACAGACUUCCCUGACUGGAAGCUUUGGAAAUGUCGCCUGAAACUCCAACACCUGGAGACGUCGCCGUCGGUGCCCUCGUCCUCUCAGCAGCCCGACUACCGAUCAACCUCCUCCUCUGCUGGGUCUGGAUCCCAUCGCUCCACGCGAUAUGCUGGAGAAUCCUUCAGCCUGGAGAUAAUUAAAGCCAUAGAAGAGGAGUGGCAGAAGACCCAGUGCAUGCCCAGGGAGACGUGUGUAGACGUGGCCAAGGAACUGGGCACCAUCACCUCCAUGUUCUUCAAACCGCCCUGCGUGUCCGUGUUCAGGUGUAACGGGUGCUGCGGUAAUGAGGGUGUCUCAUGCCGAAACACAAGUACUACCUAUGUUAAUAAAACAUUGCUGAGUGUCGUGCCAUUUAAGUUUGGACCCGAGCCAGUGUUGAUAAAGGUCGCCAAUCACACAGAGUGUAAGUGCCUGGAACCGCCCCUGAUCCGACGCCACACCCGCGCUCACAGGAGGAAUGGGUGCUCUCCGACCCGUCAGCAGUCAGAACCAGAAGAAUCAACACGUCUGUGUGCUAGUGGGUUCAUCUGGGACUGCACAGCCAAUCACUGUGUACCCUACCCCUCCAAUAAACAAUCAGAAUCUUCUUCCAGUACGUGGAUGGACGACUGUGAACUAGAUGUGGUCAGGUGUGACUGUAUCCCCACGGCACAGCCCAACCCCGUGCCAAGGCCACCCUCUCCUCCAUGUCACCUUAAUCAAACCGUUUGUGCCACCAGCCGACAGCACUUUGACCACGGCUCCUGCAGAUGCCAGUGACAUUAAGCAUAAGAAAUAUAACCUUUGACUAUCUGCUUGGCUUUGAAGUUUGAAAGCAGAGAAAAGGCUCAUAAUUUAUUUAUAUCGCUAUUUAUAUCUAACUUCAAAUAAAAAGUGUUUUCUCUUCCUAACCCACAUACACAGGACCCUGUUAAGUAUUGUGACAUGUAAAAAUGCUUAAUAUUUUAUUUACAUAUUUAAAUGAUUAGUACUUCUAAGCACUGAACAUAUAUGUACUUAAGCUAAAGAAUAAUAUUUUUUUAAUUUCUGCAACAUAACAUUGUAAAUAUAACAGAUGUUUGUCUUUAGGGGUUUAUGUUUAUAGUUUCAGCAAAUCUUUCUCACAUUGCUGGCAGAGCUAAUUUGUUGUUAUUCCAAGAUAACCUUUCAGUUGUGUUGUUCACA